CUGUUGCUGGACAACAGAAUUUAUUGAUAUCUGAAAAUAUUACCUGAGAAGGUAGAUAUCAUUAUCUUAGAUUGCUGAACGGUCCCUAAGAAGUCCAAAACAUGAAUUUAUUUUGACCGAAACAGGUUUGACAGCUUAAGCUGUCAAGUUUCUUAAUUUUGUUUGAAUUUUUGAUACAACUUAAAUAACAUUAGCCAUGGAGCAAUUAAUGAGACUCAAUUCCCAGACAAGUGGACGUGACAAGAUACUGAGACUCUGGCAAUUUACUUGUCGAUUAACCUGGGCUGUGAUGGAAAAAAGAUCACGAAAUAUGGAAGCCAUUUCUCGUCUCAAGGAAGUUGAAGGCUUAAUCAGUUUUGCUAGAAGAUUACUUCGAUUGGGACGGAGUGUUGAUAUGCUUUACUCAUCAGUUUCGAGUUUACAAAUUUCUGACCCCUUCCUGAGAAUGGUCAUUACAAGCUCACGUAUAUCUUCAUCUUUGUUUUUAUUUGCCGAUCACCUGGUUUGGCUGAAAAAAGUAGGUCUUUUGCAAGUUGAUGAAAUCAAAUGGUCCGAUACAAGUAAUCGAUUCUGGUUGUAUUCAUCAGUACUCAAUCUUCUUCGCGAUUGCCAUGAAAUUAACAUUAUGAUUAAAAGUGAACAACGCAUGAAAAAUCUUAGACCAGAAUUGGGAUCAGUAGAAUAUGUGACUGCUGUUGCUCAAAUCUUUAUUAAGCACAAAAACAUUACGAUUGACACAGUGAAAAACAUAUGCGAUACAUUGCUUCCAAUGGCUAAUUUGGGUCAUGUCAAAGUUUCACCAGCUCAUGUCGGAUUACUAGGAAUUAUCUCUUCAACUGCUGCAAUGUUACAACUGGUUGAUCCAUCCAACAGAUUGGCCAUGGCUUAAAUAUGCUAUAGCCUGGAUUCAAUAUUGUUUAAUUUCCUGUUAAUAGUUCAUCAAGGAACUCUCCUGCAAUACUUUUAUAUAACUUUAUACCUCUAUGUCUAAUAGAAAUGUGUUUAAAAACUGAUUGUUUUGUUUUGGUUAAACUAUUAAAAGCAUUUGAAAAGGCUGUCAAGUAAA